UUCAUUUUUUUUGUUUAAACACGAUGAACUUCGUGAUAUGAGUCUGUUUUUUAUUGUUUCUUGUCAAUAAGAAGAUUAAAGUGUCAGAAGGAUUAAAUCCAUAAGUUCGGGAAAAUCCGCGCAGAUUAUCUUUCCUUUAAGUGGUUUAAUAGGUGUAUAAAAAGAGGCUGAAGGUUCUGGCUGAGGUAGUAGAAGCUCAGGUUAAAGAUGGGGAAACAUUUCCACCUGUAUGAGAACAUCUCCAAAGUGGACCCCUUCGAGGGGCCCCAGUAUUAUCUCGCCCCGUCGUGGGCGUUCCACCUCCAGGCCCUGUUCAUGGGCUUCGUCUUCUUCGUCGGGACGCCGUUAAACUUCCUGGUUCUGCUGGCCACAGCUAAAUACAAGAAGCUCAGAGCUCCUCUCAACUAUAUCCUGGUCAACAUCUCCCUUGCUGGCUUCAUCUUCGUCACCUUCUCCGUCAGCCAGGUGUUCGUCUCCACCGUGAGGGGCUACUACUUCCUGGGUCACACCCUGUGUGCCUUGGAAGCAGCCAUGGGUGCCGUAGCAGGUCUGGUGACGUCCUGGUCGCUGGCUGUGCUUUCCUUCGAGCGGUACCUGGUGAUCUGUAAACCGUUCGGAGCGUUUAAGUUUGGCAGCAGUCACGCCGCCGGCGCUGUGCUCUUCACCUGGUUCAUGGGGGUGGGCUGUUCCUGCCCACCUUUCUUUGGUUGGAGCAGGUACAUCCCGGAAGGACUGGGUUGCUCCUGCGGACCCGACUGGUACACCAAUAACGAGGAGUUUAACUGCACCAGCUACAUGUACUUCCUGAUGGUCACCUGCUUCUGCAUCCCUCUGUCCAUAAUCAUCUUCUCCUACUCUCAGUUACUGGGAGCUCUGAGAGCUGUUGCCGCCCAGCAGGCAGAGUCGGCGUCCACUCAGAAGGCUGAGAAGGAGGUGUCCAGGAUGAUCAUCGUCAUGGUCGGCUCCUUCGUCACCUGCUAUGGCCCAUAUGCUUUGACGGCUCUUUGGUUUGCCCACUCUGAAGAGGUAAAUAAAGACUACCGGCUCGUGACCAUCCCGGCAUUCUUCUCCAAGAGCUCCUGUGUCUACAACCCACUAAUCUACGCCUUCAUGAACAAGCAGUUUAACGCCUGCAUCAUGGAAAUGGUGUUUGGAAAGAAAAUGGAAGAAGCAUCUGAAGUGUCUUCAAAGACUGAGGUGUCCACAGCAUCGUAAUGUUUGGAGCAAAACUCAGAAGGACAUUUGACUUCCCUAAAGGACUUUUAAACAUCUGCGUUCAGAGAACCCAUAGGAAAAAAACAAACAAAAAACAAAACCAUGUAAACAGUUUAUACGUAAAACCCCAUAUCAAAUUUUAUUGUAGAAGGCAUUUGUUUAGAUAAAGCAAGAAAAAUGGAAUAAAAAUGUAUUAAAUUG